UCUCAUUUUUAACUGCACUCGAGACGGCGACGUUCGUCGGUCUAACUUUUCACUUGGACAAACCGAAAUCGACCGGGAAGAGCCUCAGAAUAAGCUUCAUCCUCUCACUUCUGACUGCGAGACAUCUCUCUCUCUUUUCCCUCCCUCCCUCUCCGAAAAAGGGAAGCUUACUUUCAAUGGCGUCGAGGUACUGGGUGGUUUCUCUUCCGGUUAAAGGCUCCGCGUCUUCACUAUGGAAUCGUCUACAGGAUCAGAUCUCCAAACACUCGUUCGAUACUCCUGUUUAUAGAUUCAAUAUUCCAAACCUCCGUGUUGGAACCCUAGAUUCUCUCCUCGCUCUCAGUGAUGAUCUCUUGAAGUCGAAUAGUUUUGUCGAAGGAGUUUCACACAAGAUCAGGAGACAGAUCGAGGAGUUGGAGAGGGUUUCGGGCAUCGAGAGCAGUGCUCUAACUGUUGAUGGUGUGCCUAUUGAUUCCUAUCUCACUAGAUUCGUGUGGGAUGAAGCGAAAUAUCCAACAAUGUCUCCAUUAAAGGAGAUCGUGGAUAACAUUCAUGGUCUAGUGGCAAAGAUUGAGGAUGACCUCAAGGUUCGAGUAGCUGAAUAUAACAAUGUGCGCAGUCAGCUAAAUGCUAUAAACAGAAAACAAAGUGGAAGCUUAGCCGUCCGUGAUCUUUCCAAUUUAGUGAAACCAGAUGAUAUCAUUACAUCAGAGCAUCUUGUCACCCUUCUUGCAGUUGUUCCCAAGUACUCGCAGAAGGACUGGCUGUCAAGCUACGAAACAUUGACUAACUAUGUGGUUCCCAGGUCCUCUAAGAAGUUGUACGAGGAUAAUGAAUAUGCCCUUUAUACUGUAACAUUAUUUCAUCGAGUUGCAGACAAUUUCAGAACAAAUGCUCGUGAAAAGGGUUUCCAAAUUCGGGAUUUUGAAUAUAGUCCUGAGGCACAAGACAGCAGGAAGCAAGAGUUGGACAAGUUGAUGGAAGACCAGGAAAGUUUGAGAAACUCUCUUCUGCAAUGGUGUUAUACCAGUUAUGGGGAGGUCUUUUCCUCUUGGAUGCACUUCUGCGCUGUUCGUGUUUUUGCAGAGAGCAUUCUUAGAUACGGAUUGCCCCCAUCUUUCUUGGCUUGUGUUCUAUCUCCAUCUAACAAAAGUGAGAAGAAAGUACGAUCAAUUCUUGAAGGUUUGUGUGACGCUGCAAACAGUGUGUACUGGAAAUCCGAAGAGGAAAUUGGAGGCAUGGCAGGUCUAGCUGGUGAGGCAGACGCUCAUCCCUAUGUCUCCUUCACGAUCAAUAUUGUUUGAUCAAUAGUCUUAUUCCUUUGUUUACUGAAAAUUCUUAGUCCCGUGAUUUAAUCUGAUGGCAAUAAAUGAACGGGAAACGAAGGUAAUGUAUAUUAUAAUUUAUGGCUCGAUUCUUUGGUUAUUUGUAAUCAGCCUUGGGAGAUCCAGGAAGGUUUUGGUGGGUUAUGAGUGUUGCAUUUGGAAUGCACUUGAUGAACUACUUAAUUAUUCGACCAUACUCUUGAUGCGAUCUGCAGAACAGUUUUUUUUUU